AUGGCAAUGAACAAUGGAUCAUCAGCAUCAUCAAAAGGUCUGAUCGUGAGCUUUGUCUCCGGUGUAUCACUCGCUGAAGCACCAGGCUUUCUCAAAGCCCCAGGCGGUGCUCCGGCGAACGUGGCUAUAGCCGUGACUCGGCUAGGUGGUAGAGCCGCCUUUGUCGGCAAGCUCGGCGACUACGAGUUCGGUCACAUGCUCGCAGGUAUACUGAAAGAGAAUGGUGUUUCCGGCGAUGGGAUCAACUUCGACAAAGGUGCGAGGACUGCUCUGGCGUUCGUGACUCUACGUGCUGACGGUGAGCGUGAGUUCAUGUUCUACAGGAACCCCAGUGCCGACAUGCUGUUAACGCCGGAGGAAUUAAAUCUUGAGCUUAUUAGAUCU